GGACCACCACCCCGUCGAAGUGUAUCCACGGGACGGGAGUCUCUUUUUCUCUUCCUCGUCUGCCACUGUGCUCUCUUUCUCAACGUUCUAUGUCAAAAAUCGAUUAAAACUUAAGGGGAACGAAAUUCGAAAAUCCGAAUCUCAAGACAAGUAGUUUAAGAGUGUACGUUUUUAAAUAGUGCCCUUCGAGGAGUUGAUAGAAGACACACCAAACAAAACAAAAUGAUCACGGCGUUACCGGUGCCUUCGGUGAAGGUAUUUCACAAAACGUACUACCAAGAAAAAACCCAGAGGAUAGGCAACAGCCAACCUGGGAGUCCACUCGCUGACAGCGAAGCCGUCAUGGCACUUAUGGACAAGGACCAACCGGAGUAUUUCUUUUGCGGAAAGGUUAACUCUCUGCACGUUGUAGUCGGAUCAUUGCUUUUCGGCUCUGUAAUCCUCGUCGUGGGACUCGUACAGCUUGCACCCGGUGCAGAAGCUGCCCAAAACUCAACGGCCUUGAUCGGCGCUGGCUGCGCUCUCCUGUCGCUCGGCGCUCUCCUCGCUCAACUAAGGAUCCUUUGGAUAAAGAGACAAAAGGCAGGCCAGAAGGAUGGCACCCAUCAACGAAGCGUAACGAGCAUAGAUAUGCUGCUUGCUCAACAUAGAGACUUUACUGUGCUGACGCUGGACGAACUUGACGAUCUCGUAGAACGGCCUACGCCUGCUCUGGAGAGCAAGAUACGUGAUCAAGGUCACAAUACCUAGGUGAUGCCGGCCUCGAAGAGGAUAGCAUUAGAAUCGUCAUCGCCGUGCCCGACCACACCCUCGUCGCUAUCCUCGUCCUCACAAUCGCCCGGCACGAGCUCCUCCAUCCUCUACACACAUCGAUACGACUCUCGAGAACACAGCCUCGUAUGAGGCAGCGAGGGGUAAUAAAAAAAAAGCUUUCGAUCGCUCGCUUUAUUCACACACUCAAGUUCCCUCUUGCCAUCUCGUUCUUUCUUUCUGCCCCUUUCUGCCUCUUUCUCGAUUACUCUACUCAAUUCAGCCUAGAUUUCACACGAACGUAUGGAAACCGUGUACACAUACGUGUUAGGACUUCAUGUACGUGUUAUAAAAGACGCCACUCGAGUGGCUCGUGUAUUGGUUCAAAUGAAUGAUGAGAGCACAUGCAUGCCCCCGUCUUUCACACGUCGAUCGACCACGUGUGGCCUCAUACGUUACGGAUGAGCACUUCCCGAUAAAAACCAAUGACGAAGGCAAAAAGAGGACAACGAAAUGUCCUCCAAAUCGCUCCAACUCUUCUGCACUCUCAAUACAUGGAAAUUCUAAGAAAACGAGCCAAUUAAAAAGCUAUUUAUUCAAUCGAACAUUCGAUUCGGUCAUCCCUGCAAGUAUUUCGUUAAUGGAUCAUCAUCGCCAACGAUACUUUGGUAUUCGUGGAUUUACCUCCCUGUGCAAUGACAUAUUUCAUAAUGAAAUUGCUCUUUAAUGUGAGGUUAAUUAUUUAGCGGAAUUCACUUCAGUUAAGUUUCGAAAAAUUGAUUAAACAAAACUAAAGUUUUGUAAAAAUAGGUUUUCACGAUGUUUUUCAGUUUCUGGUUUCCGGAAUAUUCGUAUAUUCCGGAAUAAUUUUUAUUACUCGAAAGCACAAUUCAACUUCAUUGAAAAUUGACGUUCACUGUGUUUUGGGAAGUGCUCACUCAUUGGAAGCGUUCCUAACGGGAGCUUAGCGAGAAAGUACCCAUUGGAAAAAAAAAUAAAUAUAUGAAAACGUGAGAUUUAAAUCAAAUAUAUAUCGUGAUCUCAAAUAUCGAUACAUAUGAUAGUGCGUAUUGAGGAAUCUCAAAGUGAACUACGUUAGACGUAAAUGACGCCGGUAGGGGGUCAAAAAUUUUUUCUAAUUAUUAUAAUAACGAAGCCUUUGAGGAUGAAUAAAAGGGAAAAACAUUUUGAUGAAGUUUUAUCGUUCCACCGAUUUGAUGAUUUCAAAGGUUGUACCCCAUGAAAAAUACUUCGUCACACAAGAGAAUCCAAAAUUAGGGCGGAAAUGAUGACGCGAGCUCGAAAUCGAUGGAAGAUUCGACCGAACUUAUUGACAAUUAUAAUUAUAAUGAUCGUAACAAUGAAUAAUAAUAAUUAUCGUCAAAAUCACAAGAUAAAUGUCGAAUUAAAACUCACUUAGUUAACCGUGUUAACUCACGAGCGCUUGAGACACGAUCUUUUUGUAAUUGUGAUAGAUUAUUUCGUGUAGUAUAAAAAUAAGAUUGAAAAAAUUUCGUAAAAAUCGUCGAAACUUGAUUCGAGCAUUCGAAGCUUAUGAAGAAAAAGGGUAGAAUAACGACCGUCCUCUUUACAGCUCUACUCAAAAACAACGCUGCUCCAAACAGCCCUACUCUCAAAUUUGCAAAAUCAAUACAAUCCAAUAUGUCUCUUCUUUUGUCAUAAAUAAUCAGUGCUAUCCGCUUACACAUGUUAAAGAGCAGAGACGUUAUUCAUACAUAAAAUAAAAAUCUUUAGAGUGGAAAUGUUAUCGAGUAGAUUUAUAAGAGUCGAGUUAUGUUGAAGCAAGUCAAAAAUUCUAUUCUCAGUAAAUGUAUUCAACAACAGUUCUCCUCUAAAUACAUUUUUAAAGAGCGAAGGUGUUAUCGAGUCGAGCUGUGACGAAUAUAGUUAUACAUUGCUGCUAAUUAACAAAACCGUAUUGGUAACCAUUCUCGAUCUACGUAGAGAACGUCUAUACUCCUUAACAUAUCUAUUCCGGUGUGAUAUUUAAUCCCCAAUAUCUCUGCUCGUGAUGAUUUCACAAAAUAUUUCAUCAUGAGUAGAGAUAUUGAAGAUGAUGGAUUAUACAUGAGUAGACGUAGAGUUGUUAUGGAUUUCGGAGUAAAGAUUUUAGAAGCAGGGUUGUUUUCGAGUAGAGGAGUAAAGAGGGUGGUUGUUAUUCUGCCAGAAAAAGAAAAGUUGAAGAAACUACACUCCGUGCAGCAACGCAGUCCCGACGCCCUUAUGAAAUUCCACAAGCAAUAUUUUUCUAGAUCGUUCAAUCGAUUGGAAUAAAUCCAAAUGCAACUCCAAAGCAUUUUGGUCGUAGAAAGGUACCGAGUUAUUCAAGUUUCCGAAAAAGUUGGCCAUUUUUCAUGAAUCACUGUCCGCGUAUUUUGAACGAUCGCUCUUGAAUAUGAAGCUGGAGAAAAAAUGUGUUCGCGACUAUCAAUUAAUGACGAUUCAUCAUAAUUAAGCCUCAUUGAGUGCCCGGAACCACAUGGGCUGGAUUUAUUAGAAGCUUCACACGAUCGAAUUAUUUCUCUUUCUCAAUUUAAUCAAGGAAGUCCUAUCGAAAUACUUUGCUGCAAGUUAAUUAACAUGUAAACACUGUCCGGACACCAUGAUGAAGCAGCAUCGGUACCAACGAGCACUAUUUCAAAAAUUCGUGUAGUCCAUUGGACCAAAUUGAAUUCUCGUGGGCUCCAUGGAUCAACUGACGAUGUCAUCGACAGCAGAAUGUUUCGAUGAAGUUGCUUUUUUCUUUAGAAACAAGUACUUAAAAUUUCAAUUUAAAAAAAAAACUAUUUCAACUGCGCGAAGAAAAAAGUAAGAAUUUUCUUCGAGCGUAACCGACUCGCAGGGGUCGAUACGUGAAUUAUAUGCAAAGAUAAAAGAAAAUAUCUCGCUUGCACAAUAAAACGAUGGAAAAGGUGUAGUCAUUGAAAUUAUGUAAAAUAAUACCUUCAUCAUCGUUGUGGAAUUGUAUUCGGUAAUGUCACCGAAUAUCGAUGAUACGAGGAAAUAGCAUCAACGAGAAAUCAAAGCACGUGAUACGAGGAGACACUAACGUCAGUUUCUUCUGAUUCGAGCGUUAGAGGUUUAUGAAACCGAACCUUUGAUAAACCAGGUUAAAAUGAAAGAAAGUGCGAACGAAAUGUCGAGUAUAAACGAACGAAAUUAGAGGAUCGAUUCGAGCGAGAAUUCACUAAUUAGCCAAUGUUAGCUGCCAAAAAGCAUAACCAACCGCUGUAACUCAUAUAAUCACCAAAUUUUUGUAACCCAAACGUCGGAAGAUAGUAUUGAUCUUCUCUCGGUAAAAAAAACUUGACGAUUAGUCGUUGUCGGCCGAUUUGGUAUGACGAGCGACAGUUUUCUGAAUCCAGCUAGCACAGCUAAUUUCAAAAGUGGCUUCCCAAGUGAUGACCAGUUAAAAAAAGCUAAUUUAGUGUCGGUCCAUAGCCACCAAAAUAAAUACGUUUAGCUGUACCAUAGAAUACGCUAGGAAUGCCAUCGGAGUACAAUUUUAUUUUGAAUAGCGCCAACCUUAAACAAUAUGAAGAGAAACAAAGAAACCGAAACGCAUAGAUAAUAAAACGCUUUGAAAGGAGCAUUAGUGAUAAAUAGGCGCGAACAAAAAAUCUAGCAGCCGAACAAACGAAACAUAAAAAAUAUAUAGGCGAUCGAUUUUUCAUUAUAUACUUGGCUCAUGAUAACGAGGUACAUUUAUUUCAAGCUCGACACACUCUCGAAUACAGGAAAUAAAAGGAAAAAGGAAAGUUUGAGAUAUGAAAACUACGUAAUCGUAAAAUUUGGGACGGCGUGAAAAACUAAAUAAUUUCACCGUCCAUUGAAUAAGGAGCAUUUGUUAAGUAAUAUUAAACGUGGAAUUUUGGAGAGGAACAUAUCGAUCUGUAUCGCAAAAUUAUUUAGAAAUAUUUUUUUAUCGACAAUGUGUCUUUUUGGGAAGAUGAGUGAGGUAAACGAAAACAAAAAGAAACUUAAGAAUAUAGGCAAAAAAUACGAAGUGACAUAAGCGCGAGCACGCCUUAUUCACGUUGCAACAGAGUUUUUCAAAUAAAGAUCGAACUUUUCAAGAAACCCAAAGAUUUUUGUUCUCCAAGAGUGCUUUCGAAUUUCAUCCGAAUCCUAAAAUGUUUCAACAAAUUUUUCAUUUAUUUCCUGUUCUACUGUGCAAAUCGUAUUAUAAACUAAGCCGUCAAUAAAUAUCUCGAUAUAUUGUCGAUUUAAUAUUUGUCAAGUUUCAUAUUUAUAGAAAAAAAAAAAUAAAAAAAUAAAUUAAUAACGCGUACGAGGUCUCAUUAUAGAACGAUACUGAAAUGACUGCCUCAAAAACCCAAGGCAAUGGAAGAAAAAUACGAUUCUUUCAUGCUACCUAUUCAACACGUAUAAUUAUAUUUCGAAACUGAUUUUGUUUUUCCAAUCUCUAAGCUAAUUCCUAUUCGAUAAAUAAAUUAAUUAAACGAUAUGGGAACCGAAAAAUUAUGGGAUUCAUUGAGGGAAACUCAUGGACACGCAUCAGUUGAAAAUUUAAUGUCGGACGUUUUAAAAACCAAAAAAUUGAUCGUGAAGAGGAGACCAGAAGUAUUUGCUGAUCGUUCGCAUCCCAAAAUUGUUCGGUCCAACAGGCUUUAAAGUUUCGUAAUGUUAAGUCAUAAAAAAAACGCACACAUAGUUCUUAAGGGUUUUUAUAAUGGUGAUCUAUGGAGAAAAUUAUUAUUUUUAUUCGGUUUUUUUCUUUAUUGCCAUAAAAAUGUAUCGUUGAAAGAUUUUAUGACCAAUAUGAAUGAUUGAAGAAAUAUAAAACGUGUUUAUAAAAUAACUCAAAUGCUUUAUGCAAAUAACGUCAUUACAAGAAUGUCAAAAUAUCGAUUUUUUCGUUUACUUACAAAUCGAAUCCCUAUAGGACACCAUGAUACUUGCCGAGCCUUGUAAAUAUUAAUUCAAGUUUGUAAUGAAAAAAAAAAAUAAAAUAAAAUAAAAUAAAAUAAUCAUCGCUCAUUCGUGGAUACAUUGUUUUUAAAAUGAAAUGAAUGAAAAAAAGAAGAGAAAAAAAAACGAAAAAAAAAAUUGUCAAAAACAUGAAAUUUUUUAUGUCACUCGACUCAUCAGUCGAGUCUCUUUGGUGACGCUUCGCAGCUUGUAAAACGAUACAUUAUUAUUGGGCAAGUGAAAAAUCAAGAGGUUCAUCCUUGAUGAAGCGUCGAAGUGAAAAAAAAAUGGGAAAAAAUGUGAAAGAAAACUUGGAGAAAGUUGAAAUUCGUAAAUACCUACGUAUACAUAGAUAUAAAUAUAUCACGUUAAUUUUUAAGAAAACUUAUUUAUAAAAGAAAAUCACUAAAACACAUAAUCAUCGUGUAUGCGGUGUUUUAACGAAAUUAUCCAUUUAAAUGCUUAAGGUAAUUACGUUAUCCGUAUAUUUUGUAAACAAAAGUUAUGAUCGAUAACGAUUAAUAAAAAUCAUAGUAUAUAUACGAAAAAA